AUGGACUCAUUCUUGAAGCGCUCCCAGCACACGGGAGGAUCAGGAGAGCUGGGAAAUGCCGCCGAGUGGGAGCGCCGGGUUAACUCCUGCUGUCUGCUGAACUUUGCAGGAGAGGAAGCGCCGCUGCAGGAGGAGCCAGGAGGCAGAGAAGAGGCACCGAGGGUUGUUGAUGUGCAGCAGCUGGUGCCCGUGGGGGGUGUGUACCACAUCGCUGCCCUGCAGCUGCCGCCACAGGCCCAGGACGUCGGGGACUGGAGCAUGGUGGAGCUGCUGGAUGUUGGAUUGGAGCUCUAUCCAUAUUCCCCAGGAGAGGCUGAAGAUGGCACACAGGAAACAGUACAAAUAACCCUGAAGCUUCCUGAUAAUGUGAUUUAUUUUAAAGUGCCUGUGGUAGCCCGAUGGGAGCCUGCAGGCCAGCAGUGGAGAACUGAUGGCAUCAGCAACAUAACCUAUGAAGCAGAAGAAAAGAGCAUCUCCUUUAGGAUGGGUGCCUUUAAUACAGUAGCACUUCUCCAGGAUGCUCACCUGAACCUGCCCUAUCAGGCCUGGGAAUUGCACCCUACUGGUGUGGAUGAAGGACUCUUCACAGUUACUGCAGUCUUUGCAACCAUUCAGAUACAAAUUAAGGUGAGUGAACAUCUUACAGCAGGCUCUGCCAAAGACAAGGACUGGUCUCUUUAUAUGUUCAGUGGUGAGAGAGUACAAAACCUCAAACUCACUGAAACCAGUGAAGCAUUUUCAGAAGAGCUGGAAGAAGAGUCUGAAUUUCACUCCACACUCUACCAUAUGCUCAAGGAUUCUGCCAGCAGCAAAGCCAUGGGUAAAGUGGAAAGAGCUGGCUUCCUGUUUAUUGAUUCUGUGUAUCAGCUGCUCCUUGCUACCCGAAUUUUAGCAUACUCUUAGAUACUGAAUGCUUUCCUUUAAAACUUUAUUAUCAAAAGCUUUCAAUAAAGUUACAUUUCAAGUCUUAAAUCCUUUUCUAUUCAAAUCAUUGAAACAGGA